AGCGUAAGCUGUCACCGACAUGGGCAGUGAGCAAUACUGUCUACGGUGGAACAAUCAUCAAUCCAACCUGUUAGGGGUCUUCAGUCAACUACUGCAGGACGAGAGUUUGGUGGACGUCACAUUAGCUUGCUCAGAGGGCACUUCCAUCAGAGCCCAUAAGGUUGUUCUCUCUGCCUGUUCUUCAUAUUUCCAAAGCCUUUUUCUGGAUCACCCCGCCAGACAUCCCAUCGUUAUACUUAAAGACGUUCGAUUCAGUGAAUUGCGAACAUUAAUUGAAUUCAUGUAUAAAGGCGAAGUAAACGUGGAAUAUUGUCAAUUAUCAGCUUUAUUGAAAACAGCUGAAUCAUUAAAAGUUAAGGGAUUAGCAGAAAUGACCAAUCAAAAUACAGCUUUGAAAGAACAGGAACGUGAUUCAGAACGUGUUCGAUUGCAUACACCAACGACGCCUUCGGCAUCAGCGCCGUCGUCGUCCGUGAAGAACGAGAUUCUGGAAUUGUCGAAUAAACGGCAGAGACUCGAUAAUGAGAAUUACAGCCCAUCGCCUCCCUCUCGUAUCCCUUCAUCACCCGGCUCAUCACUCUACCACCAGAAGAAACUUACAACAAGUUCGUCAGCAUCUGCGACGACAACAUCUGUUACUGGCAGCAGGUCACAUCAUAUAGAUUCGAUUAUAAAAGAAGAGCCGAGUUUCAAUGAUCAUCGCACGCAUCAUCAGAGAAAUGAAUCAUUGGAAGAUGACGACGACGACGAUGAGAAUGUUCCAAUGAAAAAUGAAGUUGGUCUCAAUAUGACUCUCAAUUCAACUCUUCUGCAAAACUCGAUAUCAUCGUCUAACAUGAUGUCGACAUCUGUGAAUUCAACAACAUCUUUAUCAGACAUACAAUCAUCUCGCUACACCUCCAGUUUAUUGGGUAAUACAUCAAGUGGGACACGCCACAGCCCUCUCACAUCGGACAUGCCGGGGCCAUCUGGUAUCGGACCGGUUCAGCACGCGCCAUUGUCAUUGAAAAAGGAAUCAGAUUGGGAUCGUUUAGAUGAUAAGGAAAGUACAUCGUCUGACUACCGACACUCGCACGAAAUGGAAUCGUCGACGGACGUUCAUGGUGGUGAAAGAGCGAGUAGUAGUGGAGUAGUUGUCGGUUUGCCACUGUCGUCUUCAUCUUCUAGUGAACAAAAUAGCAGUGUUAGUAACAAUAGUGGUCCAAUUUAUCCGUGUAUGUACUGCGGUCAAACAUUUCCCCAUCAAAGUAAGUUGACACGUCAUAUUUUGUCACAUUCACUGGAGACGCUGAAAUAUCGCGAAGUGUCACAUCUGCUUGGACAUCCGCAACUUUCAGGAUUUCUACCGCACGAUCUACCUCCGCCAUCACAUUUUGCCAGUCGACAAACUUCAAUAGAUUCGUCGAUGGAGCAACUGGAGAACUCACAGAUGGAAAUGGAGAAUCCUUUUAGCAACCCAGGAACGAGUAAUUCAUCAAAUAAUGACCCUAACGCUGGCAACGCUGGCGGUGUUGUGCUGUGUAAAUUUUGUGGAAAAUCUUUUCCCGACGUCUCUUCACUUAUCACUCAUCUGCCUGUUCACACAGGCGAUCGACCUUUUAAAUGUGAAUUUUGUGGAAAAGCAUUCAAACUUCGUCAUCAUAUGAAAGAUCAUUGUCGUGUUCAUACAGGAGAGAGACCGUUUCGUUGUAACAUGUGUGGUAAGACAUUCUCACGUUCCACUAUUCUAAAAGCUCACGAGAAGACACAUUAUCCGAAAUAUGUGAGAAAGUUUCUUUCGCCAAGUCCGGUUGAUAGCAAAGACGAUGCACAACAAUAGUAAACGCAGUGUUUCUGGAAUACUAACUUUUUAUUAAUAUCACCAAACCCAACUCAACAUCAUCAAUUUUCAACAAUAAACUUUUAUGAAAAGCAAUAUUUUUUAAAAAGGAAAUCAGAGGAAGAUGCAGAACUUCACAUAAACAAGCAAAAAAUUGCAUAAACUUACGUCAAACUGAUUUGAAAUUAAAAUCAACGCGUUCACAUUCAAAUUAAUUACCCGCUAUCAAUUUAUUCGGCAAAUACAAGCGAUCAUAAAAUUAAUAAUUAGUAUAUUGGUGCUACCUACAUAUAAAAAAAAGUGAAUGAUGGAGAAAAAGAAAAUUUACCAAUUGACAUGAAACGCCCACGCAAGAUAUUAUCGAUAGCGAAGCGAAGUGAAAAUAUUUCUUAACCUUUUUCUGAUAUCAUCUUGCGCGAAAAUUAUUAAUCGAUUGUCUGAAUCUUCAACUUUAUUAUGAAUUCUAAUUGGAUAUAAGGAAAAGCAUUACAAUAUAGUAGAAAAUCUGUGAUUUUAAAUGAAGUGAAUGGAUAAGAUGUUUAUGAGAUGAAACAUUUGUAAAAAGGGUGAAAGAAAGUUGUUUUUUUUUUGCAUAAGGAGAGACGGCAAGAAUUUUUUUAAAAAGAGGAAAGAAAGGAAAUGAGAAAGGGAGAGUUUAAUUCAUGAUGUGCAAAAUAAAUAAGUCACAUGCAUGACUUUUCAUUUAGAUUUUUCUUGUUGUAUACAAUUGACUGAACCAUAUAUUUAUCUACAAUUUCCCCACUUUAACUCCUUCCCCAAACAGAUUUCACGUCAUCUACAAUAAUGAAUGUUAAAGGAACACGUGAAGAAAUCAAUUUGAGUUCUUUAAAUCUGAUAAAAGAAAAUGUUUUAUAUACCCCCAUAAACCCACAACAAUAAUUAAAAUACAAAACAAAUGAAAAAAAAACUUACAAACCGUUAUUAUUUCAUGUCAUAAAAUGAAAUAGUUAUCAGAAAUAUUUAUAUAUCAAAAUAGUUAAAGAGAAAUAGAACAGAAGAAAAUUUAUAUCGAUGCAAUAGUUUUUCCAUUUCCCAUGAUUUUUCUUUCUGUUACACUUCAAUAAUAAUUAUUAAUCAUUAUCACAAUUUUAUAUAAAAAAAUCACUUUAAAUGCAGUCAAUUGGAAUUCAGAGUUGAGAUCUUCUCUCCCUUUUAAAUGGCUGUUAAGCAAGUGAAGUUUAGUGAAUAUUAGUUUUAAUUUUAGCGAGAAUUUUUUUUACAUUUUAAUCUCUUGAGAUCGUAAUUGUAAUUGUUACAAGCCUCCCAGUUCUUAUUUCUUUCUUCAUUGAUUAUCAGACGUGAUCGAUGAUUAUUUGAAUAUUAUUGUUGAUCGAUGUGAUGAGAUGGAAAAAAAGCUGACGAAAGGAAAUGACAAAACAAAAAUAAGUAAAGAUAAAUUGAAAAAAAGAACCAAGUUUAAACAUUUUCGUUACCCUUUUAAUCGUCGUGAAGUUCAAUUGAAUUAUUUAUUUUUAUUAUUGAUCUUUUAUUUAUAAUUAGUAGAUUCUUUGACAUUUUCAAAGACGUUCCUUAAAACAAAAGAAAAAACCAUGUUUAAAUAAUUAUUGUGUUAGGAAAGAUGCUGAAACUUUCCUAAAUAAUCGCGUUAAUAUCGCAAAAAAAACUUUCUUUUAAUUAAGAACUUGGAUAAAUAUUUAUUUAAAAUUAUGUUGAAUUAGUUUAUCAGUUCAAUCAAAAAGGAAAAAAUCAAACCACACACAAAAAUAUUUUUGUUGAUUACAAAUUCGUUUUAGAAGUUAAAUUAGCGUAAUGUUUAGGUUGAAAAUUACAAAAACAUGAAACAUGUUAAAUGAAAUUAAUGACCAAAAAAUAUUUUUUCGAAACCAAAAAUUUAUAUCAAAAUUAUACAAAUUUUAAGGAUUGAGAUUUAUGAGUCAAUAAAUUUAUAAAUAUUUCCUUUCUAAAUUUAGGUUUCUUUAUGAGAGAAAAGAGGAAAGAAAAAAAUUCAAAAAUGUAAUUAUUGGCUGUGAAUUAUUAAAUUUAUGUUUAAAAUUAUAAGCUAAAAGCUUCAAAAACUUUGGAAACAAAAUUUGUAAAAGAAAAGAUGAAGAAAAAAACUUUUGGAUGAAGAAAAUUGACUAAAAUUGAAAUUUUUUUACAAAAAAAAUGAGAAAAUUAUUGGCACGUUAUGGAUCUCAAAAUGUGAUUUUAUUUUAAGAAAACAAAAAAGAAAACAUUUGGCUGUACCUUUCGGAACGAUUAUAGUCGAAAAAAUAUUUUUUAAUUAAUUUCAAUGCCCUUAGAUGUUUAGUUUUUAAGAAAAAGAAAACAUUAAAGAAAAUGAAAUAGUCUUAAAGUUAAUUUGCUGCUUUCGUUCAUUAUUUGGUUGGUUGUUGUUUUAGUGACUUAGAAUUCAAAGCAAUAGAAGGAAAUUGUAUUAAAUUUUGAUGAUUGUUCUGGCUACUUGACUUCGUAAAAUUAUUUAAUUAACUUAAUUUUGAAAAGAAAAAGACUUUGCCUGAAUUUUACGUCACUGAUCUUACACCCGAGUAUAAUUGUAUGAUUUGAUUUGAAUUCAAGAUGAAUAAAAAUAAACAUUCCUAUACUUUAAACUAUGUUCUUACAAAAGAAAUAAGGUCUUCAAGAACCAUAUCAAUUCAAUAACAAAACAAAAAUUAAAACCACUAAUAACUUUUGAGUCAAUUGAUAAAAUAAAAUAAAAAUCGAUAGGAAGACUUUCCUGCAAUAAUUUUUCGAAACCAUACAAAGUACGGCUUAAACAAUAAGUUUCGACAUAAAAAGGAAUCAUAAUUUCACAGUUUCCAGUAGAGAAAAAAUUAUUAAAUAAAAGCUUUUGAUUGUACAUAAAAAUUUACAUUUUCAAGAAAAAGAAAAUUUAAAAGCUUGAUAGAAUCUUUAGAUGAAUUAUUCAACAAUAUUUCGAUAUAAACAAAGGAAAAGAUAAAGUUUUGUUAGUUUUUCAGCACACGCUGCUUAUAGUUGACACCCCUGACACACAUACACACAUUCUUACGAGAAAAAAAGUGUUGGAAUUAUUUUUUCAUGCUCGGCAUUAAAGUUAAAGUAAAAUGUGAAAAUAUUUCAAACAAAAAACCCAAAUAAGCGAUGUGUGAAUGAUUGAGAUUGUUGGAGGACGAUCCAUGAAAGUUUCAAUCAUUUCCACCGUGCUUCACGCUUAGAGUGCCUCUUAAAAAUUAUAAAUAAAAUAAUUCACAAAAUAAGGUUUGUAAGAGUCAAGAGAUAAAAGGAAUAAUACUGAAAGAAUUUAACUAAUUUUUCUUCAGAUUCCAACAGAUGAUUGUUGAUCAAUUUCCAUACAGCAACAUUGAUUUUCGUGUAUUUUUUUACCUACCAAUUUUUCCUGUUUUAGUUUUUCGUUCAUUUAAAAGAAUAUAAAGAAAUAGCAGCUCAGGGGCAUCUCAAAUUCUUCCAUAAAACACAAAAAAAAACUCAAUUGAAAUAUUUCAAAUGAUAUCAAUUUAUCAAUAGAACCAAUAAAUAAAAAUUUACAGAAACCACAGAAUGGAAAUAGUUACAAAUACAAAACAAACUGUUGAAAAUUCAUCAAAUUGAUUUUGCAAAUAGAUGUUAAACACAACAGAACCUGAAAAAUAAAUCCAAACACAGAAUAAGAAAACAAAAAUAGCUUAAUAGUUUUGGGAUACCCUCGUUUAAGAUAUUUCACUUGAUUAUGAAAAUUAUUAAUGAUAGAAUUCGAAUUGCGUAAAUGUUGAUUUCCGGAUAGGGCAACAAGACUUCUACUUUCGUUGGGAAGGCCACAAAGUGGAUUUUUCCAAUAGAAAAUGCAAUUAUUUGAGUGCCAAGCUAUUAAUAAUAAUAAACAUUUAAUAACGUGGCAGACAGAGUAAGAUUAUUAAAGAAAUAUUAUGAAAGAAUAUUCAAAACACUUUUUAGUUUUCUGCAAAUAUAAGAAAAAAUUAACACAAAACUUUUUCGUUCUACCAAAUAAAAAAUAAUAAACAGAAAAUCUUCUGAAUCAAAUCUCGGUCGAAGAAUGUCGAAGCAGCAAAUGUUUUAAGUUGAAAAGACUUAAAAAUAAAAAAUGUGAAUGGAAAUGUGGACAAAAGAAGUUAAAAUAAAAGAGAGAAGAUAAAAGUAAAAAAUAUUUUACACUGUAGUGCCUGUUCUCCCAAUAUUUAUAUAUAAAAACAAGGAAAAAACAUUUAAUAAACAUAGUGAUAUAAAUUGUAAAACGAUUUUUCCAAAUGAUCAGUUUUCAUUUAAACAUUUCAAAAAGUAAAGAUUUCAAACAGCAAAAAUCAUUCUCCAACUGUUUGUUGAAGCUUUUCUGUCACUGAAAUACUGUGAAAGUGGAAAGCAAUCUUCAGUUAAUAUUUGGAGUAAAUGAUUAACAUUUUCCUUUCUAGUUUGUAUUGCUGCUUGUGCACUUAAGGUUCAUCACGUUUAAAUAUCAAAAAAGAAUUUUUUUCACGCAGAUUUCACAAGCAGUUUAGAAAGGAAAAUUCAUUGCUUUAUUUCUAAUCGACAAGAAAAUUCAUAAUGCAAUUAUUUAAAGAAAAUCCUUUGACUCUGAACAUUAGAAGAAACACACAAAAGAAAAGUUUCAACAUGAGCACAAAUAAAAAUAUUUUUAAACUUCAAAUAUUAUAAAAAAAAUAUUGAAAACAAAAAGUGUGAAAAUUUGUUUUCAGAAAAGGAAAAUUGAUUUGAUGAAAACUUGUUCCUAUUUAGUUAUUUUGGGUUUUCUCUCUCAAUUUUGAAUUCUCAUUAUUGCAAUUUUUGUUGAAAUGACAGGAUGCAAUAAAAAAAUUACAACAUCAAAUUGAAUACGAUGAGACAUAAUGAAUUUUCAGCUAAAAUAGAAUAAAUCAGUUUGAAUACGGCACUUCAAGAACGAUGAAAAAUGUUAAAGAAAAAAAUGUGCUAAUCUGACUGAUUGUUGUACAUAAUUUAUGUUUAGUAAAUUUUUCUAUUAAGUCUAAUCGUUAAGCAUAUUACUAUUGUUUCAGAUGAGAGAAAAAUGAUAUUCGAUCGGCCAGAAAAUUAAAAUGAAUGAAAAGAAAACUUUUUUUGUGUUACUUUCUAGGACAACCAACAGCCAUUUUGAAUUUAAAAUAAAAAGAAAAAAACAUUUUUAACAAAAUAAAGAAUGCAUAUCAUAGUUGUAAAUCAAUUACAAUUAAUAGUUAUCAUAACAAAAUUUGAAAAAAAACAUAAAACACACCCACACACACUUUUGAUGAUGAAAUAAAAUGCUGUAAAACAUUACAAGAGUUUUUUCUGCGCCUUAAAGUUAUGCAAAAUUUAAAUUAUUUUCUUUAAUCAAACAUUUUCUUUUUCUUUUAUAGAGAGAAAAGUAUCAACGUUUGUUAUCACUUCCAAAAGCAUCGACAUCAAUAAUGAGCGGUCUUAAUCGUUUGAAAUCUUCGCCUUCUACUUCUCAAAUUUCACAACCUCCUUCAAUGAUGAUUCCAUCUCCAUUUCACUUCCCGUUUUCUCCUUUCUCUCUUGGCAUGGGAUUGUUUGAUGUUCAUGGAAAUGAUAGAAAUGCUGCCAUCGAUCCAAAUCGGAUUCUGCACUUGCUCCAUCAGCAAUCAUUACUCGCUGAAGAACUUCUUAAAUAUAGAAACUUGUUUGGAAUGCCAUCCACCUCAAGUUCCAGUCCUUAUCUCGACACUAAGCCAUCCAUUGAACUUUUUAAAAUCUCUUCAGAUCAACAACACAAAUCUAGAUUUGAUAAAGAUCACGUCCAUGAUAUGAUACCAUCCAAGAAGCAAACUCCCUCGUCCACAUCAGAAAUCGAUCUUACAAAAGAAGAUUGUCGUUCCACACCCAAAAUUAAAGCCCGUCCUGAAUCCGAAUUGUUACCAGAAAAGACUUCAACCUCAAUUUCAGCUGCUGCUGUUUCUGCUAUGCUCAUCGAUCCCGAUGAAUUAAAAUGUCACAUUUGUAUGGCAAAUUUUCCAUCACUUUGGCUUUUGGAACAACACACAGCACUUCAACAUAGUCAGUUGUCUUGUACUGAGAAGCCGAUAAAAUGUGAACAUUGCGGACAAAAUUAUCGAUAUAAUUGCUGCAUCCAAUCAUCGAUUUUGAAUAAUCCUCAAGAUCAUUCAAAUAAUCCUAAUCGUACUAAUCGUUUACCAGCUGAUAAAUUGUUCACAUGUGACGUUUGUGGAAUGCAAUUCCGAUAUUUAAAGUCAUUUAAAAAGCAUCGAUUGAAUCAUGCGUUGGAACGUUUGCAUGGCAAGAAGGAAAUGGGUGAAAAUUCGGGUGAACUAAUGGUUUCAAGUACAAACGACGACAGUGGCAUUCCAAAAGGCGUCAUAAGCUUGGAAGAUGAACAAAUGCUGCUUGAUGAUCAGGAUCAAGAUGAUACAAUCGAUUCCAUUAGCAAUACAAAUAGCAAUAUAAAUAUUUCCUCUAAUAAUCUUAUCAAUAACCAAUUGAGCGAUCCUAAUACAAGUAUUUCAACUGAUAACAAUACUGGUGGUGAUAUUACAGAUAAGUCGAAUAGUAGUGCAAUAACUGAAUGUGAUAAACAAGAAACUAAUGGCAAUAUAACCAGUUCAGAGAAUUUACAGCAAGAAUUAAAUGAGAUGCGCGCAAAACACGAAGCAGAAUCGUCUGGGAACUUCACUAUGCCUUCAAUGGUGAAUCCGUUUCCCUUGCAAGGAUCGAGUGCGUCUUUGAAAAAUUUACUAAGUGCAGAAAGCAUCACGAACCAAAACUUGAUGGGUUUAAAUUCUCAGGAAGUUUCUAUAUUGAAUUUUUUACGGGUGGAUGCGGCUGAAAAGCAGCGAGACAAACGUUUUGCAUGUCCGUUUUGUGGAAAAUGUGUGCGAUCGAAGGAAAACUUGAAGCUUCAUGUUAGGAAGCAUACAGGCGAGAGGCCUUUUGUUUGUUUGUUUUGUGGACGUGCUUUUGGUGGUAAAAGCGACUUAACUCGUCAUCUGAGAAUUCAUACAGGAGAACGUCCGUAUCACUGUGAAUCUUGUGGAAAAUGUUUUGCACGAGCUGAUUAUUUGUCGAAACAUUUGACAACUCACGUUCACAAUACUCAAAGUCAACAACAACGCUGAGAUUUAGGAAGGCGGAGACGUCAUUUCCUCCGCAAAUAAUUGAGUAUUGAGGAUUACAACCAAAUUAUCGAUGACCACAACAAAGCAAUAUAAUAAAACGACAGUCACUAAAUCACAAUGAAUUAAAGAAAAGUUUUAAUUAAUUUUUAACUAUACAACAGACACUUUUAUCAACGAAAUAAGUUUUAAAAUUCUCCAUUUUAUUUAUUACAAAUCAAUUUGUGAGUGAUAUUUGCUCAUAAGAAACUUUUUACAUUACCAACGAGUAGGAUGGUCAAAGAAAGCUUUUCGUAUGGCGAAAGCGACAAUUGACGAACAAAGAAAUAACUAACAAUUAAAGAAACGCAAAAUGUUACCUCAAAAUAUAAAGUAUAUGUUUACAGUUUAGUCCUUUGAGUUGUUUAAAAUGAAAUGAAAGAAUGAACAAUGCGAGAAUGAAUGCAAUAUAAAAAAGGUUUACAAAAUAUAUUUUAUAAUUCUAUUAGAAAUAUGGAAAACAGAGAUGAAGAAAGAUUUUUUAGGUUUAAAACUCAAAUGCAGUAAACAAUUUUUUCAAUCGAUCAUAAAAGAGAAAGCGAAAAUGAGUUGCAAUGGAGAGUGAAAUUAGAUAAAAAACGAAUUGAUCAAGUUUUCUAAGCUACAUUUGAGCUGAAUAAAAGGUGUUAGACUCAAAGACUUUUAAAAACUUUUACCAUAAAACAAGUGAUCCGUCAAACGGUAUGAUCAGAAAGCUUCCUACGAAGUUUAAAAAGUAAAAUGUUAUUUGAGAGUCUGUGAUUUAUGUCAUCAAAAAUGAAACUAUUUAUGUAUCUACAAGUUUUUGUUAUAAAUCUAAGUUCAUCAGUGACUCUCAAACUGUUACAACUAAUAUUCUCAAACCGUUUGGUGGAGCUUAAAUGCAUGCAGUUUGAGAGUCGCUAUGUUUGUUAGUGUAAAAAAAUAUUUUGUUGUAUGUUUACUGUUUUCUCUGAUUAGUUUCAAACGAAUACUUAAGUAUUUUUAAACUGUGCCAAAAUCAAUGUACCUCAAAGUUAAAUAGAACAAAUCAAACGGAUAAAAACAAGUCAAUAGCAUGGAUUAAGUUUUUUGCCUAAAUAAAAAAGAAAAGAAAUAACCAAUCAAUAAAUGAUCAUAAAGAUUUACAAAAUAAAACUGAAUUAGAUUUUUACACGCAAAUAAAUGAAUGAAAACAUUUCUGGCAUUAAAAUUCAGACUCAAAAAUAGGUUUCGGGUAAUAAUAAAGAUGAAAAAAAAAUUGUCUUUCGUCACUUUUUGUCUAUAUGGUGUUAAAAUUUAAACUUUCGACUUUAAAAAGAAGAUCAAUGAUUUAAAUGAAUUAUUGCUAACAAAAAGGGGAAUAAAGAAACAUGUUGUACAAAUUUAGAGCAAGGCAAAAAUCGGAUUGCAAAUUAGAAGUUAAAAGAACAGAUGGAAAAUUUUAGGCAAUAAGACACGAAAAGAUCUUAAAUUGAAUUAUAAUCAAUGUUUGAUGUUUUGUAAAGAAAAUAAAUAAUAAUAAAUAAAUAAAUAAUCGAAAAAAUGAUGGAAGAAGUUAUUGAUGAGUAAAAUCACAAUACUUCAUGCUCACUCAUUUCAAAACCAUUAAAUUUGCAUAAUGUCGUCCAUUCUUUAGAAUCUAGAAAAAGGAUUAAGAAAAUAAUUAGAAAAUCAAUGAAAAUUUGUGAAAAAAAGAUUGUUACAACCUUUUAAUAGAUGUCUACCAUAGUCAUGAAAAUUAUUCUUUAUACACGUGGAACCUUUUAUUUACCCGAAGAAGGAAGUAAAGAAAAAAGACGCGAAACAAAGAAAUUUAAAAUAAUUAAUGAAAAGAUUAUACAUCUUUGUAAAUAUUUGAAACUUUUUAAAAUUAAAAAUCAAAAGUGUGAUAAACAAAGAGGGAAAAGAAGAGAAGUUGGACGAAGUGUUUUCAUUUGAUAAGAGCGAUGAAUUUUUAUUGAAGUGAUGUAAAUAAUCAAAUUAUUUUUAGUCUCAAUGUUCCUAAGCUAUUUAAGAUUUAAAAGACAAAAAAAUAAAACUUUUCUACACGAUGCAAUUUAAUGAGUUAACGUUGACAAUUAUUUUUUAAAGAUUGCACGCAAAGUAAACUUUUAAAAGUUGUUGCACGCCACCCACCACGUCACUAAAAUUUUAGUCAAUUUUCACGACUCUUUUUUCUCUUCAAUCAAUGUAUUUGGACAAUGCUUAUUGUAAAUUCUUCUCGUUGUAAACACUUUCGAUUGAAUCAGUUCCACUCAUUUUUCUUGGAGGGUUGUAAGACUUAACAAUGAUUAUGGAUGAUAAUAUGAAAAAAAAUUAUUGUAAAAUUUGACGAGAAUUUCAAUUCAUCUCAAAAUUUGAUGUGAAAUUCCUAUAAAAUAAUAAUUCAAAAUCUCUCAAUGACUUCUUGUGACACAAAAAUUAAUAUUAUCUAAUAAAAGGAAAUCAAUGAAGCAAAUAAUUUGAUGUUGUGGUCACAAUUCUUCGGAAAAAAAAAUUAGGAACAUUAAGAAACAAAGGAAAAGUCUCAAAAGAUAUUAAAUAAUUGAAAAAUUUUACUAAUUCAACGCAAGAGACAUAAUUAAAGGAAAUUUAUUUAACAAAGAAAAGAAUUAAAGUGCAUAAAAAAUGCUUUCAAUGUUGUUUAGAUGAUUCAAAAAAUAUGAAAAAAAAAAUUAAAUUAAUGUAUUUAGGAAGUUAAAUUGGCAACGAAGAAUAAAUAAAAUGAAACAGAGAGAAAAUUUUGAAGUUGAGUUCUUCAACAAAGCUCAACUUGAACAUUUAAGUUUCGUGUAAAUAAGCGAAUCUUAUGUUAAUUCUUUGAAUUAUGUUUAUUAAAUAAAUAAAAAUGUAAAACAUUGCAAUAUGCCUGCCAAACAAAAAGAUAAACCGUACCAAGUUAAACCAUAUUUGAAUUACGUUUACCUCUUAAAUAUUUAUUUUUAAUGCAAUAUUUUCAACUUCAAUUAAUUAUCCUUAACAAUCACAUGCCAACAGACAAAACAAAAACAUGUAAAAAAGUUCUUUCGUUUUCCAACUUAUUUGUCAACCGAAAAAAUGUAUUUGCUUAAUGAAGUGAAGACGAUGAGAGACUCAUAAGUAACUACACAUAACAAAACAACAAAACUCAGGAAGUUUUUAUUAACGAAAGAAAAAAUAAUAGAAAUACCUAUACCUAAAUUUUCAACGCAACAAAAUUUAUUUUACCAGAUCGACGAUUUCACCGCAAGUUUUGAUUUUUAUAUGAAACACAAAUCGCAAUAAAAUGGAAGAACUUUAAGUUUGAAUGAAGUUGAUCAAAUAUCAAAGCAAAACAGCAAUAAAAAGAAUUACGGAAUGAUAUUGAAUUUAUUGAGAAUAUUUUCUUUCAAAAUUUCAAUCCUUUGGCUAAGAAAGUGUUUUGAACAAAUAUUGAUGUAAAUUUUAAUUACUAAAUUGAAUAAAAUUCAAUAUAAG